GGUCUCUGCUUUUUUGUCCAAAAAGAAAAUUAUUAAAUUAAGAGCUGAGGUCGGAACGGAGCUCGAUGAGAUCCACAGCGCACCGGCGAUCCCGAACCAAGAUCCGACGGCCCAAAUUCCUCAGCCUACGCCGGCAGCUGCCCCCCCCGCCGCCGGAGAUGGCCUCUGUCCCCACCGGCCCAGCCGCCGAUGCCGGGGUGGCCGAGUGCCAGCAGCUGGAUCUCUUCCCGCUCCACCCGGAGCACCUCCUGCUCCUGGACAGGGAGCCCCCGGUCUCCUGUCUCCUCGACGACGACGACGGCGGGGGCGGGGAGCCCACCCUCACCGCCCUCCUCGGUGGCGCCGCCUCCACCGGAGACGGAUCGUCGCCGGUGGUCGUCGUCGGCGGUGUGGGACGGCGAUGAGGACGGGCUGGCCCGAAGGGUGCUGCGUGGGCGGGAGCGGUGGGUGUACUGCUGCUCCUCCGCCGCCUCCUCGUCGGAGGAGGAGGUCGCCAGCAGCGGCGCCGGCGUCGAUCUAUGGCGCGGUGCGCCGCAGGCGCCCUUGCUUAAGCUGGACUACGAGGAGGUCCUCACCGCCUGGUCCGAUCGGGGAUCCCUCUACAUCGAUGGGGAGGGACCUCAAAUCGUUCCUGAGCUCCACCGUACCGCCUCUCCGGUUUUCGUGGAAGUUGGGAGCACGGGAUGGAGGGUUCCGGAGAGUGAUCGGAUGGAGGGGAAGGAGGUGAGGAACAGGGAAGCGAGGGUGAUGCGUUACAAGGAGAAGAGGAGGAGUCGGCACUUCUCCAAGCAGAUCCGUUACGAGGUUCGGAAGCUCAACGCCGAGAAACGCCCACGAUUGAAGGGUCGAUUUGUAAGGAGGAAAGAGGAGUAAGGAUCUUUCUUGAUCAACAUAAGAAUAAAGGAGAAAUAAGUACAACUAGUUAAUUAGGUUUCACCUUCUUGUGGAUCAUUUUAAAAACUAUUUUGUUGUAUGGCCUGUUGGAGCUGUUAAACUAUAAUGAAAUGUAAUAUACAAACAGGAAGAGAAAAAUCGAGAUGCCUUUCUCUGUACCCAGUCAUUAGCAACAAAAAUAGUUAUAUUGGGCCAUAACUGAAGUAAUGGCAACCAAAAAAAAAGGCAAAAGAUGCACUUUCAUUCAAA